CGACCCGUCCCGAGGCGACAACGACCUCCAACCCUCCCAACACUCGAAUUGAGGCAACAGACUAGCACCCAGAGCUAUUUUAUGUGCGAAGCAAUUGGUUGAGUGUUGCAGCUGAGCAAAGAGCGUGGCUAGGCGCUCCUGCUCGACCGGAAAGAUGUCUACCAAACAAGUAGUUUCUUCACUCUAUCGACGUUCUUUGAAAUUGGCACUGGAUUGGUCUGUUCACCGAUAUCUAUGGCGCGGGCAAGCAAUGUACAUCAGGUCAUUGUUUGAGGCAAACAAGAAUAUCAAGGAUCCACGACAACAGAGAGCGUUAUUUCAAGAGGUAGAAGAUUUGCUGGAGAAAUGGAAGCAUCCCGAUCCGUACCAUGCACCAACGGCACCAGGAGGGUCUAAAUUUGAACGGAAUCUCCCAGCACCAAUCCUCGACCCUCCCCCCCACAUCACAAUGUAGAUAGGCUACGCUGGGUUGAGCUGGGCUUGAAGGUCGUUUGGGGUCUGUACAUAUGGAGAAUGGAGAAACGCAAGUUGACAAUGCAAGACUGCUUGCCA